AUGAGUACACUUCAUAGACUUGAAGUCCUUGUCCUCAAAUCCAAUAAGUUAUUUGGACAGGUCACAAAACCUCUUGCACAAGAAAAAAGUAGUUGUGCAUUUCCAAGGGCACAGAUUAUUGAUAUCUCCUCAAACAGCUUCUAUGGCGCAUUGCCCCAAGACCAAUGGUUUAAGAAGUUGGAGUCAAUGAUAUUUAGGGAUCCAAAUAUGUCAUUGAUCAUGGAUCAUGAAUUGCCACAAACAAGUUCCACCUAUAAAUAUACCGCUGCAGUCACAUAUAAAGGACGUGAUACCACCUUUGAGAAGAUACAAAGAACACUUGUAUUCAUCGAUUUCUCCAACAACGCAUUCAAUGGUAGCAUCCCUGCUGCUAUUGGGGAACUUGGUUUGCUACAUGGGCUCAACAUUUCACAUAACUUUCUCACUGGGACGAUUCCAUCUCAACUCAGUCAUUUGCACCAGUUGGAAGCUCUAGACCUGUCCUCCAAUGAGCUUUCGGGGGAGAUCCCACAGGAGUUAGUGUCGUUGGACUUCCUCACGACAUUAAACUUGUCCAACAACAGGCUGGUGGGAAGCAUACCGAUGUCGCCUCAUUUCUUGACAUUCUCCAAUAGGUCAUUUAUGGGAAACAACGGUUUGUGUGGACCUCCAUUGUCAAAAGAGUGCAUCAACACAACAACAACAAAUGUGGUGUCACAUCGUUCCGACAAGAAAUAUGUGGACAUUAUGUUGUUCAUGUUUUCUGGAUUGGGAUUUGGUGUAGGGUUUGCAAUUGCAAUUGUAGUGAUAUGGAGAAAACCCAUUAGAAAAUGAUC